AUGCCGGGGGGCAAAAGGGGGCUGGUGGCACCACAGAAUACCUUCUUGGAGAACAUUGUCAGACGCUCAAGUGAAUCAAGUUUUUUAUUGGGCAAUGCUCAGAUUGUGGACUGGCCUGUAGUUUAUAGUAAUGACGGUUUCUGUAAACUCUCUGGAUACCAUCGAGCUGACGUCAUGCAGAAAAGUAGCACUUGCAGUUUUAUGUAUGGGGAACUCACAGAUAAGAAAACGAUUGAAAAAGUCAGACAGACAUUUGACAACUACGAAUCAAAUUGCUUUGAAGUCCUUUUGUAUAAGAAGAACAGAACACCUGUUUGGUUUUACAUGCAAAUUGCACCGAUAAGAAAUGAGCAUGACAAAGUGGUGUUAUUUCUUUGCACUUUUAAAGAUAUCACUUUAUUCAAGCAACCUAUUGAAGAUGAUUCAACCAAAGGCUGGACAAAGUUUGCCCGUUUGACGCGAGCUCUAACAAACAGCCGGAGUGUUCUGCAGCAGCUAACGCCUAUGAACAAAGCUGAGGUGAUCCAUAAACACUCUCGAUUAGCUGAAGUUCUCCAGCUGGGAUCUGAUAUCCUUCCACAAUAUAAGCAAGAGGCCCCAAAGACUCCACCACAUAUAAUUUUACACUACUGUGCUUUUAAAACCACUUGGGACUGGGUCAUCUUAAUUCUCACCUUCUACACAGCCAUUAUGGUUCCCUACAACGUUUCCUUCAAAACAAAGCAGAACAAUAUUGCUUGGUUGGUCCUGGAUAGCGUGGUCGAUGUUAUUUUUCUGGUGGAUAUAGUUUUGAACUUUCAUACUACCUUCGUUGGACCUGGUGGAGAGGUAAUAUCUGAUCCCAAGCUCAUCAGAAUGAAUUACCUGAAAACCUGGUUUGUGAUAGACCUCUUGUCAUGUUUACCUUAUGACAUCAUCAAUGCCUUUGAGAAUGUAGAUGAGGGUAUCAGCAGCCUCUUCAGUUCCUUAAAAGUGGUGCGACUCCUGAGAUUGGGUCGUGUGGCCAGGAAGUUGGACCAUUAUCUGGAAUAUGGCGCUGCAGUGUUGGUGCUCCUGGUUUGUGUCUUUGGAUUAGUAGCCCACUGGCUUGCGUGCAUCUGGUAUAGCAUUGGGGACUAUGAAGUUAUCGACGAGAUCACGAAUACCCUCAAGAAUGACAGCUGGCUCUGCCAAUUGGCAGAGAGUAUUGGAACACCGUAUCGGUACAACGCUACUGGAUCAGGGCAGUGGGAAGGCGGACCCAGUAAAGAUUCACUUUAUAUAACUUCUCUCUACUUUACCAUGACAAGCCUUACGACAAUAGGAUUUGGAAACAUAGCUCCAACCACUGAUGGAGAGAAGAUUUUCUCUGUGGCCAUGAUGAUGGUUGGAUCUCUUCUUUAUGCAACUAUUUUUGGAAACGUCACUACAAUUUUCCAACAAAUGUACGCCAACACCAAUCGCUACCAUGAGAUGUUGAACAAUGUGAGGGAUUUCUUAAAGUUAUACCAAGUCCCCAAAGGCCUUAGUGAACGUGUCAUGGAUUAUAUUGUCUCCACAUGGUCAAUGUCUAAAGGGAUCGAUACAGAGAAGGUCCUUUCAAUAUGUCCCAAGGACAUGAGAGCGGAUAUUUGUGUGCAUCUCAAUCGGAAGGUUUUUAAUGAACAUCCAGCUUUUCGGCUAGCUAGCGAUGGCUGCCUGAGAGCACUUGCAGUGGAAUUCCAGACGAUCCAUUGUGCUCCCGGAGACCUUAUCUAUCACGCUGGUGAAAGCGUAGAUGCCCUCUGCUUUGUUGUCUCAGGAUCAUUAGAAGUCAUACAGGAUGAUGAGGUGGUGGCCAUCUUAGGUAAAGGGGAUGUUUUUGGGGACAUCUUCUGGAAAGAGACCACUCUAGCUCAUGCGUGUGCCAAUGUACGGGCCCUAACCUACUGCGAUUUGCACAUUAUCAAACGGGAAGCUUUGCUGAAAGUUCUGGACUUUUAUACAGCUUUUGCAAACUCUUUCUCAAGGAACCUCACUCUAACCUGCAAUCUGAGGAAACGGAUUAUUUUCCGAAAAAUCAGUGAUGUCAAGAAAGAAGAAGAGGAGCGCCUGCGACAAAAGAAUGAAGUGACCUUGAGCAUCCCCGUGGACCACCCUGUCAGGAAGCUCUUCCAGAAAUUCAAACAGCAGAAGGAAAUGCGGAACCAAGGGACGACAAUUAUUGAUCCUGAGAGGAAUACCCUCCAGGUGGACACCCGAACCAUGCAGAAUGGUGCUGCCAUCACUGGCACCAGUGUGGUCACUGUAUCUCAAAUUACACCCAUCCAGACAUCAUUAUCCUAUGUGAAAACCAGUGAGGUGGUCAAACCAAACAAAAGGGAUGCCGCAGAGCUCAAACCAAAUAGCAAUGGGGACCCAGAAUGUCUCAAAGUUACCAGUCCUGUGAGGAUGAAAAACAGCAAUGGGAAAGGGUGGCUUCGAUUAAAGAACAACAUGGCAGGCCAGGAAGAGAAAAAAGAAGAGUGGAAUAACGUCACCAAGGCAGAGUCCAUGGGGCUGUUGUCAGAGGACCCCAAGAACAUUGAUUCAGAAAAUGUAACAAAAAACCCACUGAGGAAAACAGACUCCUGUGACAGUGGGAUCACAAAAAGUGACCUUCGUUUGGACAAAGCUGGGGAGAACCGUAGCCCCCUAGAGCACAGCCCUUGUCAACCAGAUACAAAACACCCCUUUUACCCUAUCCCAGAACAAGCCUUACAAACUACACUCCAGGAGAUCAAACAUGAACUCAAGGAAGAUAUCCAGCUGAUAAGCAGCCGGAUGGCCAUCCUGGAGAAGCAGGUGGCAGACAUUUUAAAAAUCUUGUCUGAAAAGAACACGUCACAGACACCAUCUUCAAAAUCCCAUUUAUCUCCUCAGCUACCAUCACAAAUACCUUGUCAGGACAUUUUUAGUGUCUCAAGGCCAGUGUCACCUGAAUCAGAAAAGGAUGAAAUUCACUUUUAAUAUAUUCCUAUUUUUCUUUGUAUACCAAGCGUAUGCUGUGAAAUGGGCAUGCACACAUACUCCUGCACAGAUAUACAAACACAUGUCUGUGUGUGAGCGUUGGUAAGAGUGUCCGUGCAUCUGCAUAGAUACAGAUCCAAAGAAAAAGAGAUAAAUGCAGAGUUGUAGUUUGUGUAGGUGUAUAUAUAAAUUAUAAAUAUAAAAAUAUAUUUUCACUUGCAUUCAAUAUGACUUGAACAUGAACAAUGGAUUUUGAUAUGUAAAUAUUGCAUGUCCAGCUGGAUUCUGGCCUGCCAAAGAAAACAGUUAUUAACAUAGAUAUUGCUUGUA